AUGAGAAAGAAUCGAUCGUUCCUUUCACGUUUUCCUUCAUCGUUUCUUUCUCCUCUUUUAUCGUUUCUUUCCUUCACUUUCUCUUUCAUAGAUUCUUUCUCUCUCUCUUUCAUCGUUUCUUUCGCCUUCUCUUUUAUAGUCUUUCUUUCACAGUCUCUUUAUCGUUUCCUUUUCCUUCACUUUUAUCGUUUCUUUCUCCUUCUCUUUAAUCGUUUCUUUCUUUCACCUUCUCCUUCAUCGUUUCUUCCUCCUUCGCUUCCAUUCUUUCUUUCUCUUUCUCUUACACCGUUUCUUUCAUUUACUUUCUGUUUUAUAUUUCUUGUCGCCUUCUUCUCUAUCUUCGUUUCUUUCUCCUUCUCGUUAAUCGUUUCUUUCCUUCACCUUCUCAUUCAACGUUUUUUUUCUUUCAUCGUUUCUUUUUUUCACUUUUUCUUUGUCUUAUUCAUUCAUCGUUUCUUUCAACUUAUUUUUCUUUCAUCCUUCUUUUCUACUUCUUAUACUUCGUUUCUUUAUUUCUUCUCUUUCAUCGUUCUUUUCCUUCACUUUCUCUUUCAUAGUGGAUUUCUCCCUCUUUUCAUCGUUUCUUUCUUGUGUUUUCUUUUUCAUCGUUUCUUUCGCCAUCUCUUUCAUCAUUACUUUCUUUUUUCAUUUCUUUUAUCGUUUUUUCCUUCUCUUUUUCAUUCAUCGUUUCUUACUCUUUCUCUUUCAUCUUUUCUUUCUUUCGCCGUAUCUCUCAGCAAUUCUUUCUCCUACUCUUUUAUCGUUUGUCCUUCUCAUUCAUCGUUUGUUUCUCCUCCUCAUUCAUCGUUUUUUUUUCGCCUUCUUUUUCUUCGUUUUUUUUUCUCUUUCAUUUUCAUCGUUUCUUUCAUUUUUUCUUUCACCAUUUCUUUUUUUCUCUUCCUUCGUUUCUUUCAUCUUCCCUUUCGUCGUUUCUUUCUCCUUCUCUUUCGUUCUUUCUUUCUCUUUCUCUUUAAGCAUUUCUUUCUUUCACCUUCUCCACCAUCGUUUCUUUCUCCUUCAAUUUCAUUGCUUCUUUCUCCUUCUCUUUCGUCUCAUCAUUCAUCGUUUAUUUUCCCUUAUCUGUCAACAUUUCUUUUCUUCACUUUCUCUUUUAUCUUUUCUUUUUCCCUCUCUUUCUUCGUUUCUUUCUUUCACCUUCUCUUUCGUCGUUUCUUUCUCCUUUUCUUUUAUAGCUUCUUUCUUUUUCUUUUUUAUCGUUUAUUUCUGUUUUUUAUAUCAUUGUUUCUUUCUCCGUUGUUUUCAUUGUUUGAUUCUCUUUUUCAUUCAGAGUUCCCUUUCUUUGCAUGUUCUUUCUUUCUUUCUUUCUGUUUAUAUUUCUUUCUUUCUCUCUUUCUUUCUUUCUUUCUUUUUUCUUUCUUUCUUUCUUUCUUUCUUUCUUUCUUUCUUUCUUUACCUUCAUUAUUCUUACACCAUUUUCUAUCACCCUUCUCUUUUCUUUCAGUUGCCAUUCUUUCUUUCUGUCUGUCUUUCUUUCUUUCUGUUUAUAUUUCUUUCAUUCUUUCUUUCUUUCUUUCUUUCUUACUGUCUGAUGGCUGUCUUUUUUUUUCUUUCUUUCUUUCUGUUUAUAUUUCUUUCUUUCUUUCUUUCUGUCUGUUUUUCUUUCUUUUUUUCUUUUUAUUUCUUUCUUUCUGUCUGUUUUGCUUUCUGUCUUUCUUUCUUUCUGUUUAUCUUUCUUUCUUUCUUUCUUUCUCUCUCUCUCUUUCUUUCUUUCUUUCUUUCUGUCUUUCUUAUCUUCAUUUUUCUUACACCAUUUUCUAUGCCCCUUCUCUGUCUGUCUGUCUGUCUAUCUUUCUUUCUGUUUAUAUUUCUUUCUUUCUUUCUUUCUUGUUUUCUUACUUUCUUUCUGUCUGUUUGUCUUUCUUUCUUUCUUUCUGUUUGAUGCCUCUCUUCUUUUUUUUCUUUUUACUUUUUUCUCUCUUUCUUUCUUUCUUUCUUUCUUUCUUUCUUUCUUUCUGUCUUUCUUUCUGUUUGUCUUUCUUUCUUUCUGUUUAUAUUUCUUUCAUUCUUUCUUUCUUUCUUACUGUCUCUUUUCUUUUCUUUUUACUCUUUCUACUUUUAUACAUCCUGUCUCUCUCUCUCCGUCAUACGUCCGUUCGUUAUCUCUUUCUUUCUUUCUUUCUUUCUUUCAAUUUUUUUCUUAUAUUGUCUUCUUUCUUUUCCAGAUCAUUUUCUCAUUUUCCUUUCUUUCUUUCGUUCUUUUUCUUUCUUUCUUUCUUUCUUUCUUUCUUUCUUUCUUUCUUUCUUUCUUUCUUUCUUUUGCUUUCUUUCGAUGUUUUCAUAUAUUCUCUUUUUCUUUUUUCCAAAUUUUCUUUUCUCCUUUCGUCUCACUUUCUAUAA